GAUCAUGAUGUUCAGGAUUUUCUUAUUUUGUGCUUUUUCUGUUGCAUUAAGCACCGCUGGUAAUCAAAUAGCUCAAUACGUUCAGGAACAACAGCAGCACGGUGUUGAUGAACAUGUUCAAUACCAAGAACAGGAACAAUAUGAUGGUGGACAAUACGAAAGUGAACAUAUCAGCGAGGACGAGAAUAAAGAAGCAUCAGGAGCAGAACUCACGAGUUUAGCUCACACGUCAGCCGUUCAAGCUAAAAACGCCGUCCAAUCGCAACAUACUGCAGGAAGUCAGGCAGCUUUUGGUAUUAAGAGUACUUUGGCUACUGCAGCUCAAGGAGCCGCCCAAACGGCACAAGCAGCCCUUGUAGGUAAACAAGCCAUUGUCUACGGCCUGAAAAAACAACUCAACGAAGCCGAAAAACGACUACAAGCUGAAAUUUCUCAAUACAAACAAACCGAACAGGCAGCUGAACUUGCCCAUCAAGUCGCGCAGCAAGUUCAAAAUCAAGCCGCAACUUUAAGCGCUGCCUUAGCUGCAGCACAAAGUGGAGGUCAGCUUGCCGCUAAAUCAGCCGCGGAAGCGAACAACGUAGCAGCUUCUCAACAGUCCAUGGUGGCGCAUGCGAAACAAAAGCUAAACGUUCUUCUUCAUCAGUUGCAAGAGGCCGUACAAGAGCUGCAUCAAACUGAAACUGCGUAUUACAAGGCCAGCGAAUCGGCUCAGAUUGCUCAGAAAAAUGCAGCUGCAGCAGGUGCGGCUGUUGUCGAAGCUAGCGGACAAGCUGAAAUUGAAUCUUCCAAUCAUCAUUACCACCAUUAGUUAUUUUAUUUAAAUUAGAAUUAUGUGAAUUAAUUAGAUAAUUUUUGUUUGUUGGGGAAAUUUGAGAAAUAUAUCAUUAUAUGUUGUUAUUUUUGCUUUCGAAUUUUAUGCUUUACAGAUUUUCUUCUGAGUGCUAAUAGCAAAUAAGUGCAUGAAUCAUGAAAAUGGAACUUUCGAAUAAACAAAACACCUUAUCACAUCCGGUAAUCUGAAAAAAGAAGAGUAAUUUAUAAUGG